AUGAAGGAUCUUGGAGAAUUGAAAUUCUUUCUUGGGAUCGAGUUUGCUCGAUCAGAUAAGGGCAUAUACAUGAGCCAACGCAAAUAUGCAUUAGAGUUAAUUUCAGAAUUUGGACUGGUUGGGGCCAAGCCUUCUAGCACACCAUUAGAAGUAAACCAAAAAUUGACUUCUGUUGAUUUUGACAAAUUGGCUUCUUCCUCUGAUAAUACCGUUCAAGACCCUCUCUUGAAGGAUGCUGGUGAGUUUCAAAGAUUGGUGGAAAGAUUACUAUACUUAACAAUGACUAGGCCGGAUAUAUCAUUUGCUGUACAAACCUUAAGUCAGUACAUGCACUCUCCUAAACAAUCUCAUCUAGAUGCAACAAAGAGAGUUGUCAGAUAUGUCAAAAGUGCACUAGGGCAGGGGCUGCUAUUACCAUCACCAGGUGAUGGGACUUGA